AUGGCCCAGCUAAAGGCCGGUGUCAGCAGCUCGGAUGCGAAGGCAUCCGAACGGGGCGGCGAUCUGGCGGCGACAGCCAAAACCAGCUUCGACUGCUCGGAGGACGAGGAGGUGGCUUUGAUAUUCAAUUUCGAGGAAAAGGAUGCCCGCCAGAAGCUAGCCAGCUUCCCCAAGUGCUCCCGGCUGGUGAUCAGUCCCGAUUUGCAGGCCGAGCUCGGCAUGGAGGUGGGUUCGAGCGUAAGCGUGGAGCAUCCGUGGCGCGAGAUCAAGAAGGAGCUGCUGGAGGACCAUCUGCCGGGCAAGACGAAGGUGCAACGGCAGCUGAAGGACCGGCUGAAAGAGCUGGAACCGGGCCGGUUGGUGCUGGUCGGCUACCUGCCAGAGCAGGGCACCGACGAUGACGACCUGUUCGCGGUGUUCACGGACGCGGCGGAGAUGCGGGAUGCCCGCGAGCUAAUCCGGCGGCUCGAGCUGACCGAGCGGCUGCGGGCGGCUGCCGCCAUGCGGAAGCGUGCCCGCCGCUGGGUAUCGCGCGGUAGCGAGCGCGAAGUCGAAUGCUACAUACCGCUCCGGCGGACCAACGUGGUGAACGUCGAGUCGCAGAGCAUCUUCGCGGUGCAACGGAACGGUCGAUCGUACCGGUUCGGCAUGCGGUUGGUAGCGGACGCCCGGGACGGUUACGUCGAGCUAGUGCCGCGAACGGUCUUCCAAAACAUCGUGCGCAAAUCGGUCGACUUUGGUGUGCAGCUGCGCCCGCAAAAGAUGCACCAGCACCAGCAAACCGAUCCGACCUUUCCGACCAACGCCUGGUCCCAGUAUCUGUACGAGCUGAGCAGCGAGCCGCCACCGGUAUCAGCGGUAGCAGCGCUACCGUACGCUCCACCCGAUGGAGGAACUGUCACGACGGCUACGACGGCCACGACGACGACGACAAUGGCGAUGGAGCUGCCCGAUGCGUUACGUGGCAGCGGUCACGUGGAGCAGCUGCUGAAAACGCUCGAGUUCAACCAGAUCGACAUGUACCGGAACGACUAUCCGAUCAUUUCGCGCCACAAGGCGAUACCGAAGUACGAGACGCCCGUGGUCGAGGAGACGAUGUGCUUUAUGGAUCGGGCGACCUGCGCCAACCGGCAGGUGGCGGCCAUCGAGUGGCACCCGACCCUACCCGGUACGUUCGUCGCCUCCUACGUGCAGCAGAUCGCGGCCAGUACCGCUAGUGUCGCGGCCAGCGCUGGCACGGGAGGCCGCAAGGAUCCGGUCAAUCGGCUGGUGUUCGAGAAGUGUCCGGUGCUGGCGUGGAACGUGGAGGAGUCGCUCGUGCCCAAGCUGUGGCUUGAGUCGCCGCGCGAAGUGACCGCACUCUCGUUCUGCCCGUACGAUGGGCGGCUGCUGGUGGGUGGUUUGUCCAGCGGUCAGCUCACGCUCUGGCAGCUAACCGAUGGCGAACUGGAGCACCUGGGACCGCAUCACCAGCACCAGCGUAGUGGGGAACGCUCCUACCGGGGCGAGAUCAAGGCCAUCCUGGGCAACGCGGGACCGAAAUCCGCCGGCCGGCGUACCCGAUCCGGCCCGACCGGUGUACCCGGAGUGGAUCCGGGUGCAACGGGCGAACCGUGGCACGUGCAGCCGGCCGCUAUCAGUGCCCUCGAGUGGUCCGCACGCAAACCGAUCACCGUGAUCCGCUGGUUGCCCCAGAACUUCCACUGCACCAACACGGGCCAGCUACGGCCGUCCGGCGACGACCGGCUGCCGGCCCGCUUCCUGCUUACGGCCGCCCUCGACGGUACGGUGUGCCUCUGGGAUCUGGACGCGGCCAGCUCGGCGGUUGGCAGAAAGGCCGGUGCCGAGGUAGCGCCGGAGACCGGAGGGGUGGGAAACCACCCGCAGCACACCCAGACGUUCCACCCGACGUACCGGAUCCGGUGCGAGCAGCCGAUCGUCGAGCUGGCGUUCGACGAUGCGCUGCCGGCGACAGCGUCAGGACCACCAAUGACGGUAACGGCGACGGCGGAGGUGCCUGGUGUCUGCCGUCAGUCCUUCAUCGCUGGCACCGCCCUCGGUGGGCUGUUCUGGGGCAAAUGGGACGGCUACGAGUUCGAUCAGGGUGCAACCGUCAACGAGGAGCCGGUACGGGACCGGGACCCGUUCGCACCGAUCCACGACGGUCCGGUGGUGGCCAUCGCCCGCAGCACCUUCCUCCACGACGUCCUGCUGACGGCCGGCGGUACCGUGCUGGCGCUCUGGACCACCGACUCCCGCCAGUCGCCGGUGUUCUGGCGCCGCAAACCCUCCCCCGUCACCGCCUGUGCCUGGAGUCUCGACCGGCCGUCCGUCUUCUUUCUGGGCCACGCCAGUGGCGACUUCGAGAUCUGGGAUCUGCAAAUUCGUACAUCGACGGCAUGCGUAGCGCUGAAUCUCGGCGCGAACGUGUUGUCGAUCAUCACGCAGCAUCCACCGUACCGGGCCGGUGGUACCGGUGACCGGCACCAGCUGGCGGUGG